CUAGAUUACUUCGUAUAUUUCUCCAGACCCCAAGUUCGAGCAUCUUAUCCUCACCCUAGAAUUUCAUAAAUCAUCAAUCCCUUGUAUUCUUUACCUCUUCUCAACAUCUCAGGGUGACCCCACCCCUGCAGCGAGCCAGCGACAGCCCCGCCGCUCAUGUCAUCCUGGUCCUGGACCCCGCAAUCAACCUUGAAGUAUGAGAUGCCGGCCCCAUCUAACAUGGUCGCCGAUAACCCCAUCAACAACUCCAAAUAUGCCUGGACGAAGCCAAUGGCAUUGCACCUAUCGAACCGAAACCCAUCCCUUCACGAUGAUGGAAUGACCAACGAGUCGGGCCAAGCUAGUCCCCGGAGCCGAGUCGCAGCACAGCUUGCGGGGCUCAAUCUGGCCAUCGGGCUCCCGAUAUAUUCCCCGAUGAGUGAUGUCACGCUCCCGUCGCCUGACCAGACACCGCCCAAGGGCUCGAACGAAGAAAUGGGGGGCUCUUCUCAUAACCUAAAUGGAAAUUCGGCCGAAUCGAGCAUCUCCCCGUCCGCACCGCCUGCAUUACUCCGCGAACGCCUUGACGCCCUGGAUGGCAUCAAGAUGAAGCGGAAGACCCCCUCUCCCGACCCCUCCGACCCCCCCACACCGACAUCCAUGGAGCCAUCUCAGGACCCGAAGCAGAAGCACGUCGCCUUCGCCCUCUCCGACACCUUCAGCACGGCCGAGACCUUCCACUCUCCUCCAUCCCCCACCCCCGCCCCACUCUCCCUGACGUGGCAAGAUUUCGAAAUCACCGGCCACCUUGCCACCGACCCCGACGAUGACGGCACCGGCAUCAACGGCGUCGGAUUCAAACCCACCGCGCAGAUCGAGGCGGAGCGCCAGCGGAAGCGCCAGGAGCAGCUCGAGCGGUAUCGCGCCCGCAUGGCGCGCGAGGAGCGGGAGAGGCGCUAUGAACGUCGGCGAGCGAUGCGGGUGGGAAAGUCGCGGAACCAGUCGCGGAAUAGCUCGCCGUUGAAGACGCAUGCGGCGCUGCGAGGGGCGUCGAAGUUCGCUGUUUAAGGGGUUAGCUUGCAUGGGAUGGCGUUGGUUUGUACCGUAUUGGGAUGGCGGAAAGUCGUGUGGCGUAGGGAAUGAUGACGAAUUUGGGCGAUAUUGCACAUGAGCGGGAUUGGAGGCGUUGGAUUUGGAUACCCGGGUAUCCGCUUGAGAAUUCAUGGAAAGUGGUUCGUCGAAGGGGGUGCCAAAAAUCGCUCAGCGGUGAGCACUUGCGCCGGUAGUCAACUUCAAUCCAUGACGAAGCGUUAGUGAUCGAUGCACACCUGUAUCGUCGAGUGAAAUUGGCGAGAUAUCCCUUCAAAUGAUGCAGGACUCCAUGAAAUGCAUUCAGUGACAAUGGUAUACAAAAGUCGAGACAUAGAUCAUGUGGAGGUAUGAGCCGCCCGCUACCAAAACUUCCACGUCGAUUUCCGCUUCGCUUCUUCUCGUCGUUGGUCUUCCUCCUCUUUGGCCUUUCUCCUUGCCGCGCGGUCCUCCUCGCGUUUUUUCUCCGCGGCGA